GCGGCGUGGCCGCGGCGGCUGGGCCCAUUUCGGCGGCGGAGGGCGGUGGGAGUAGCGCCAUGGUGGGGCGGGCGCUAUGGGCCUCGGGGCUGGUGCUGCUGGCGGUGCUGCCCGCGGCGCUGCGGGCCGACACGCCGGCCAACUGCUCCUUCGCCGACCUGCUGGGCGCCUGGGAGCUGCGUGUGUGGCGGGGCGGCGGCCGCCACGGCAACUGCUCGCAGGCGGGGCCUGUGGAAAGAAAGGUGCUUGUGAACUUUCAGAAGUUAGAUGUGGCUCAGGAUAGUCUGGGCAACUAUGGUUUCUUCACUCUGAUUUACAAUCAAGGCUUUGAAAUGGUGUUAAAUGACUACAAGUGGUUUGCAUUUUUUAAGUACAAAAAGGAAGGACAGAAUGUAACCAGCUACUGCAAUGAGACUCUGCCAGGAUGGGUACAUGAUGUACUUGGCCACAACUGGGCUUGUUUCACUGGACAGAAGAUUUCUUCAUCUCCCUCAGAUGUUCACAUAAACGAGCUACCUCUCCAGAAACCCAGGAGAAGACUUUCAAGCAGACCUUUUGUGCACAACUUUGACUUCGUAAAUGCUAUUAAUGCUCAGCAGAAGUCCUGGAGAGCAGCAAGAUACAAGGAGUAUGAACACUUUUCCCUGGAAGACCUAACUAGAAGAGCUGGAGGUGUCUAUUCCAGAGCUCCAAGACCAAAGCCUGCACCUCUAACACCCGAGUUACUCAAAAAAGUUUCAAUCUUGCCAGAAUCCUGGGACUGGAGAAAUGUGAAUGGUGUCAAUUAUGUCAGUCCUGUUCGGAAUCAAGGUGCCUGUGGUAGCUGUUACGCAUUUUCCUCCAUGGGCAUGCUGGAAGCAAGAGUACGUAUCCUCACAAACAACACUCAGAAACCGAUCUUUAGUCCACAGCAGGUUGUGUCUUGCAGCCAGUAUUCUCAGGGUUGCGAUGGUGGCUUCCCAUACCUCAUUGCUGGCAAGUACGUCCAAGACUUUGGUGUGGUGGAAGAGGACUGCUUCCCUUACACGGCCCAAGAUUCUCCUUGCACUUUCAAGCGCAGCUGUUACCACUACUACACGUCUGAGUACCACUAUGUUGGUGGUUUCUAUGGAGGAUGCAAUGAAGCCCUGAUGAAACUUGAGCUUGUUCUGCAUGGGCCAAUGGCUGUUGCCUUUGAGGUUUAUAAUGAUUUCAUGCUUUAUAAAGAGGGGAUCUACCAUCACACUGGGCUUCAGGAUCGCUUCAAUCCUUUUGAAUUGACCAAUCAUGCUGUCUUGCUGGUGGGCUAUGGUACAGAGCCAGGAAGUGGUGAGAAGUUCUGGAUUGUUAAGAACAGCUGGGGCACCUCAUGGGGAGAAGAUGGUUACUUCAGAAUCCGCCGUGGCACUGAUGAAUGUGCAAUUGAAAGCAUUGCAGUGGCUGCAACUCCUAUUGCAAAAUUAUAAAUGCAGUGCCUUGUCCCCAGUCGUAAGAGUAUACUGAUUGAUAGGAACUGUGGUUAAAAUCUGGCUCCUUACUGGAGCAGGGGAGCUUUAAUGGUGUUUUCAGGACUAGAGCAGACAGUUUUCCUAGGUGAGAGGAUGAACACUGUAAGCUCUGCUCUGUGCACUCACGGCUUCCUCUUAAGUCUGACAGUAGAUCACCUAGAAUGCAGCGACUGUUUUGGUAACAGUGGUCAUAGUUCAUCACUGGAUAUACAUCUUCAGUCACCGGUUGUGUUUUCUUCCUUGGUCAGUCUUGAACUUCAGAGCUCAGAGGGAAGCAUCUGCUGUGAUAAUCGCUAACUACUUUGAAAGGACAUUGUAGUGCCUUACUUCUCAAAAAUCAGGAAAUCACUGCAAUUUAGAACCUGUGUUUUGGGGAGGGAAUGGGCAAUUACACUGAUUAAAAGGAGAUUUUAAAGCUUUAAGUGUCUUGCAAAAACUGCAUGUCAAACCCUUAUGGCAAUGAAAAUCAAUUCUACAUUUCAGGCUGUUACUGAAUGUUCCAGUUCUGGAUUUUAUUGCUGUGCUUUCCAGUUGAUCAUCUCAGAGUUCAAUAAAAAUUACCCCACUCCUAGAGGAGCUUGUA